AUGGCGAGGGAGAGGCAGCAAAGGUUAACGGCGAGUGGCUUUGCUCAGGCGAGAAGAAGAAAAAGAAGCGGCGUAGAUCCAUUGGAGCCGAGAGAUCUGCCAUUCGCUCAGGCGAGAAGAAGCGGCGAAGUUGACGGCGAGUGGCUUUGCUCAGGCGAGAAGAAGAAGAAGCGGCGUCAUUAUAAACUACGAAUUGAAAUGGCUUCAAUUGUUGACUUCUACUCUUGCAAGCCUUUCAAAUCCCAGUGGAAGAUCCGUGUGAAGAUCUUGAAGACCAUGGAGAUGAUUGUCGUCAAUGAGAAGGAUCAAGUCAUCCACUGCACUGUGAAAAAGGAGUUCAUUAAGAGGAUGGAUGUGUUGUUGGUGGAAGGUGAGACGAAAAUUAUCACAAAUUUUCAGGUGACUCCAACCAGUGGACGUUUCCGGACUUCUGGACAUCAGUAUAUGAUCUGUCUUGCUCAAACCACCACCAUCAAGACUGACACUAACAUACCAUCAGACGUGAUUGGAUUUAAUCCUGUAAGAUUUACUGAUAUCCAUGAAGGGAAGCUCAAUCCUGAUUUUUUGCUUGAUGUCAUGGGCCAAAUUGUUGAGAUCGGCAAUGUUGAGAUCCUCAAUGUUAGUAAGAAGCAGACAAAAAGGAUGACAAUGGUUUUUCGCGAUUUAGAAGAUGUUCGGCUCAACUAUGUGCUGUGGGGUGAGUUCGCGGAGCAGCUUGAGGCCUACGCUCAGAAUGUCCAUGAUGCUGUUGUAGUUUUUGUGCUGCGAUUUGGGAAAAUCCGUCUUUACCAAGAUGUUUGGAGCGUCGGAAAUUGUUACAAUUGUUCCAUGGUGAUGUUGAAUUCUAAAUUGCCAGAGAUAGCUGAUUUUAAGGACAGUUGGUCAUCGUCAACUCUACCUCUGUACGUGAAGAUUUCCUUUCACAGACCCCCCGUAGGACGAUAUCCGAGAUCGUUGAUGCUUCUGAGACGUGCAAAAGGAAGGUUUUUGCCCGUCAACAUGGAAGCUCUUAAGGAAGAAACUCCUGGAGGUGACUUCUCUAAGCAGCUAUGGAAAUGUCCAAAAUGUGAGGAUCACGUUGACAAUGUUAUGCCUGCGUUCCUGUUGACUUUCCGUGUGAUAGACGCAACCGGUGAAACUAAGUUUCUCCUUUUUGAUAAGCUUGCGAUGGAAGUGGUUAAUCAGACAGCUGCCGAAUUAGUGGUUGAUCACACCGAGGACAUUCCAUUAAUGAUUUUGGACGGGCCAAGCGAUGAGGUGACUCCAUCUUCCAAACGUAAGAGUGAGGAGUAUGACGAGAAGAAUGAAUUGGAGACUAGGCAUUCUUCUGUCAAGAAGCCAUGUUUCGAUGGUGAUGAGGUUGCUACGACGGGUCAGGGGAUUGUGCUGAAGCAGGUGAAAGUUGAGAAGACCAAUUGA